GAACACUUCAGCGGCACAUUUCGCCUGAAGAACAAGUGUCGAAAGGUCCAUAAAAAUGCUGGUGGAGCAAUUUAUUCUUAGAGGCAUACUUGUCGCAGCCUUGACACCGUUUAAUUAUAAUGAUACAUUAUCAUUAAAUUUGACAGUCAUUCCGGAUUAUGCAGAUUAUCUUGUAAAAAAAGGAAUCGCAGGCGUACUGAUUUGUGCAACAUCUGGAGAAGGACCAGCUUUAUCUGUACCAGAAAGAAAAGCUCUAACUGAAGAAUGGAUGAAAGCAAUCAAAUCAACGAAACUGCAUUUAAUGGUCCAUAUUGGAGGUGCACCACUUCCGGAUGUUUUAGAACUGGCAAGCCACGCAGAAAGUCUGAAAGUAAAUUCUUUACUGACUCUACCUGAAUUAUACUUUAGACCAUCAAAUGGAAAAGAAUUAGCCACCUAUUUGAAACUGAUAUCAAAUGCCGCCCCGAAAACACCUUUAUUAUAUUAUCACACACCACAAAGAGCACCAGUAAAAAUAAAAAUCGGUGAGUUUUUGGAAAAUUAUGGGGACCAAAUUUCUACUCUGGUUGGCAUAAAAUAUUCAAACACGGAUUUAACUGAAGUUGCUGAAGCUAUGGAAACUAGAAACAGAAAUUAUACAGUCUUUUUGGGAGCUGAGAAGCUAAUAUAUCCAACAUGUGCAAUUGGAGGAGAAUCUUUCAUGUCGGCUUCUUCAAGUUUAAUCCCAGAACUUCCUUUAUCGAUCUUCGCAGCAUGUAGAGAAAAGGAUUUUGAAAGAGCCAAGAAAAAUCAAGAACUCUUUACGAAAUCUCUGAAUAUUUUCCCGAAAUAUGGAAAUUAUGUACAAGGAAUAAAACUUGCAAUGCGUCACCUCACGUCUUUAGAUUUCGGAGAUGCUCGAAUUCCGUGGAACCGAAUUUCGUCAGAGAAAGAAUUGAAGUUGAUGAAGGAAUUUCGAUCUGAAGUUUUGGAUAAAAUGAAAUUCCUUUAAUGCAAAUUACAAAUAAAAGAAUGUUGAAAAUCCCCAAAAUUAGUAAAGAAAAACAAAGAAAUGUACUGCUUGCUUAAAAAUGU